GACGAACAAACCCACGUACGUCCAGGCAGCUCCCGUGAUAAAGCGUUAUCACUCUUAGGCCCCAAAAAUGCGAUAAAGCAUGAACUGUAACAGAAGGCUGAAGGUAAAUUACAUCACAGGGGGAGUGAAGAUUAUGUAUUUGUAAAUUUGGUUGAAAUGAAGUAGAAAUGACGUCCGUGAUGAAUUUGUCAACUCCAGAAGCGAGGGAUUCUGUUGAUGCCUGGAACAAUGACUCUUCAUCUGGAAAUGGAGCUACUGAAGAGGGUAAUUUUUGGUACCAGUAUAAAGCCCUCAUUAUUCGUAAUUUUACUAUCAAGGCUAGAGACCGCCGAAGGACUAUAACGGAAUUUCUCAUGCCCUUAUAUUGGAUUGCAAUUUUGGCAAUUGUAAGGCUUACAACUGGAAGCACUACAUUUGAUCCUGUGCUGACACCACAAGGAACAGGUUCUCUCACUGAGAUACUGGCUGCAAGACUAAACGGAGGUACACUCUUUGUGACUCCUGAAAAUGAUAAGGUAAAAGAAAUAAUGGACAAUGUACAGCAUAUAGCUACUGAAUAUUCCACGUCUCUUUAUACGCAGUACUACAGCACAGAAACAGAUUUGGUAGAUGAAUUUAAGCAGAACAUGUCAGUGGAUGCAGCUAUAGUGUUUCCUGAUAGUCCAGAUGUCAAUAGUUCCUACAUACUUCGUUUCAAUAUUCUGAAGCAUUAUUUGCCUUCACCAUAUAGUAGAUGGACUGGAAAGCAGGAGUGCAGAGAGUUGAGUCCCCCAUUUGGGUUACAGUUGGGAGGCUGUGCCUCAAAUAACUAUUAUUUCUCUGGAUUUUCAUCUCUUCAGUUACUGAUUGAUACUGCAUUGAUAAGGAUGAAGACUAGUGUGAAGGAUGUAUCCCUACCAGAAAUUAGUCUGCAGAAUUUCCCCAAAGGAACUUUUACUAGUGAUGGGACUACAGUGCUCCGCAGUAUUGUCCCUCUGUACAUGGUAUUUGCAUGGGCACAGUUCAUAAUAUAUAUGAUGAUGCUGGUUGUCGAUGAGAAAGAGAAGAAGAUUAAAGAAGGCAUGAAGAUGAUGGGCUUGAGAGAUUCUGUGUACUGGCUGUCAUGGUUUUCCGUGUACUUCAUGUAUGUGUUACUCCUAGCUGUGAUCUGCAUCAUAGUCCUGCCGCUUGCAAGAGUCUUUGUCCAUGCCAACCUAUUCCUUCUGUUCUUACUCUUCAUAUUAUAUGGGUCAUCAUCUAUUGUUUUUGCUCUGAUGUUGACUCCGUUCUUCGACAAGGCAAAGGUGGCUGGAGUGGUGGGGAACCUACUACAAGUGGCUAUGAGUCUUUUGUACUACCUUCAAGUUUUUCUUGAAGAUGACAUGGGUCAAGGGACCUUCUGGGCCCUUGGACUUCUCUCUCCGUGUGCCUUUUCCCUUGCUUUAGACAAGGUGAUUCUCUUUGACUCCAGUAGUGAAGGGCUGAACUUCAGUAAUGUAUGGGAAGGUCCAGGCCUUCCAUUUGCAGGAAGUUUGAUAAUGAUCUCAAUAGAUAUUUGUCUCUACCUCUUCUUGGCCUUCUAUCUUGACAAUGUUCUGCCAAGUGAAUAUGGGACAAAACGAAAACCCUGGUUCAUUUUUGAAAAGUCCUUUUGGUUCCCCAGUCACAGGAACUAUCAGAUGAGCAGCUUGACAUCCUCAAACAACCUUGGUUUUGACACUGAGGAGAUCGAACCUAACCCUGAUCUGGAGCCCGUAGCAAAGGAGUUAAAAAUGAAAGCGGCUGUUCGCAUCAGAAAUCUGAAGAAAACCUUCCAUCCCAAGGGCAAAGAUCCUGUUCAUGCUGUUGAUGGUAUAAGUUUAGAUGUUUAUGAGGGACAAAUUACCGCUAUCCUGGGUCAUAAUGGUGCAGGAAAGACAACGCUGUUUAACAUCCUCACUGGAAUGACAGCACCAACAGGGGGCACGGCAUCCAUCUUUGGCAUGGACAUUAGUGAUCCAAAUGACUUGGUUGACAUUCGGAGAAUAACAGGCGUAUGUCCCCAGCAUGACAUCAUCUUCUUAAACUUAACUCCUAGAGAACAUCUCAGCUUUUAUGCUCGCAUUAGGGGCAUCCCUUCCAAUAAGGUUGGGGAAACUGUGGAGCAGACAUUGAAGGAAGUGGAUCUCUCUAGUAAAGGUGACACCAAGGCUGUGGAACUCUCAGGUGGACAGAAGAGGAAAUUGUCUAUAGGAAUAGCUUUGAUUGGAGACCCAAAGCUUGUAUUUUUGGAUGAGCCAACAGCUGGGGUUGAUGCCUACUCUCGCAGGAAGCUUUGGAAUUUAUUGAAGAACCGGAAAGAAGGCAAGGUAAUUUUACUGACAACUCAUUUUAUGGACGAAGCAGACAUCUUAGCUGAUCGGAAGGCUAUUGUUUCAAAAGGGAAGUUGCGUUGUUGUGGAUCAUCUCUGUUCCUGAAAAACAAGUUUGGCCUGGGAUAUCACUUGACGUUAGUUGUGUCUGAUGAUUGUGAUACAAAUAAUGUCCAGAACAUUGUGCAAUCUGUCUCUAGCAAUGCACAACUGAUGAGGCAUUAUGGAAAAGAAAUGUCCUUCCUGUUACCAUCUGAUUCAACAGAGUCUUUUCCAACACUAUUCCUAAACUUGGAUACUCAUAUGAAUGCAGAAGAAGGGAAUUCUGCUAUAGAAGGCUAUGGCAUCUCCAUGACAACUCUGGAGGAGGUUUUCUUGACCUUAAGUGAAGAAAAUGAAAGUACAAGAGAGCAGUCUCUGGACGACAUAAGCCAGAUGGUUAGAGAGAAACUAACCUCAUCCUCUCCUCAACAUUCAGCUUCACCUGUGAACUCCAGUGCCCAAAAUGGCCAAGUAGCAGAUAACAAUCAACAAGGCUUUGCACUUGAUGCUGUUGAAGUCAGGCCAGAUCCAUGGAGAACCUACAAGGCCAUGAUAAAGGUUCGAUUCAUUGGCUUGUUACGAGAAAAGUGGGCCAUGUUCUUCUUGAUAGUUUUCCCACUUGGGCUAACCAUUGGUGCAAUUGCUGUUUUAGACACACAGCAAGUACAGGCACCUAUAGAUGAGCUGUUGAAUAUUAACACAAGGAUAUACAGAGAGAUGUCAGGUGCGCUUAUACAAAAUAAUACAACACAUACAUUGACGCAUUUAGAGGGCACUCUAAGUUCAGCAGGAAUCUCCUCAGCUCCAUAUGACGGAAAUUUCUCAUCAAUAUAUAACCUCAGACCUCAUUUCACUGCCUUGGAUAUUAGCCAUUUUCCAGAAAACAAAAUAAGUGAUCCAGCAUCAUUGAAUGUGAGGUUCAAUGAUUCUUACGUCCAUGCAAUACCCAUCAUGGUAAAUCUUCUUAGCAAUGCCAUACUCAGCACCUUUGGGAACCUUGACCAAAUCUCUGUUGCUACUCAUAACCUGCCAAGUUUCCAGAGCUUGCCAAGUUUUGACACAUCAACCUUUUUUGCCCCAAUGAUGAUUGGUUUUGUGUACACACUUAUCCCAGCUGCUCUUGGCAUUGAGAUUGUUAAUGACCGAGAGAUUGGAGCAAGAAACUUAUUAAGACUGAAUGGACUUAGUUUUAAUCAGUACUUCUCCUCUUUUAUAACUGUUAUUGCAACUGUAUUUAUGCUUCCAUACAUCAGCCUUUUGAUCAUCAUUGCUGCCUUUGGUGUUCCAUCAUUGAUAAUUGGACCAGCUUUUGGUGCCAUUGCCCUGCUUUAUUUACUCUAUAUACCAGUGGCCUUUCUGUAUAGUUCAGUAUUUGGUUACUUGUUUGACAGAAUGGAAACGGCCAGGCAGUUCUACCCAAACAUUGCUACGACAGUGGGCUUUUUGUCGUACACUGUUGUCUCUAUUGUGGACAUGGUUGUUGGAACUCAGACGGACAACAAUCCAGCCCCAAUUAUACAUAUAAUUUUAGCCAUACUCCUCCCUCAUUACAUACCUUUCGGUCUCCUAUAUUAUGUUAAUAAGAUAUACCUCAUGUGCUUCAUUCAAAAUACCUGUGAUGGACUGACAGUUAGUGAUUACAUGACCACUGAGAUCAUUGUUUUAUUUGUGGUGGUUAUUGUCGAUAUCCCAUUCUACUACAUCCUGCUGCGGAUAGCGGACACACGGAAGAUGGGAGGCAAUUGGCGUGAUGCACUGUGGAUGUCUAAAAGAGAGACAGUGGACUACAGAAACCUUGAGGAAACAGGUAUCGAUGCCCCAGCAGGAGAAGACGACGAUGUUCAGGAAGAACGUAACGAUGUUGCUGCCUACCUCACUAAUGGGGGUCCUGCUCCUCCUGUGUUGUUAUAUGAUCUCGGCAAAGUGUACAACAAAGGAGCCAAGAAUGCUUGUGGUAAAAAGAAAGAAGAUAAAGAGUUUGUUGCUGUAAAAAGUGUGUCACUGAGUGUACGAGAAGGCCAAGUCUUUGGAUUACUGGGACCCAAUGGUGCUGGAAAGACAACAACUCUUCGUGUUUUGACAGCAGAAGAGGCCCCAACAAAAGGAAGAGUACAAAUAUGUGGUGAUGACAUCCAGUCUGGUCUUUCUAAUGUGUUCCAGAAGUUGGGUUAUUGUGCUCAACAUGAUGUACUCUGGAAGAAUAUUACUGUUGCUGAGCACAUUGCCUGUUAUGCAGAAAUCAGAGGUGUUCAUCCAGAUCAGAUCCAACCAUUGGUGGAUAUGUAUCUGAAAGGCCUAGAAAUUGAAGAACACAGAGACAAGCAGAGCAAAGACUGCUCUGGAGGCACAAAACGAAAGUUGAGUUAUAUCAUCAGCAUGCUAGGUCAGCCAAAGGUUGUUCUCAUGGAUGAACCAUCAACUGGAAUGGACCCUCAAUCAAAGAGGUUCCUAUGGAAUUCUAUCUUAGCUUCCUUUAAGGGGAACAGGAGUGCUAUUCUAACUACUCAUUCCAUGGAAGAAGCAGAUGCACUUUGUUCCAGAAUUGCAAUACAAGUGUGUGGAGGAUUAAGGUGUAUAGGAUCUGUUCAGCAUCUUAAGAAUAAGUAUGGUGGAGGAUAUACUCUUGAAGUCAAGCUUGAGAAGCAAGAAACAUGUGCUGUGUCUUUAAAUGGUGAAAGCCCCACCCAUACCUCAUUGGAUGAGAAUGUUGUGACAGAAACCAAAAAGAUUAUUAUGAAUAGUUUCCCAAAAGCUGAGUUAGAUGAAGAAUUUGGGGAGUUGUUACAUUACAAGAUUCCUCAGUCUGAUAUCAAGAGUCUGGCCAAUUCAUUUGCUGUACUGGAAAAGGCUAAAGGUGACAGACUUAUCAGUGAAUAUGCACUGAGUCAGACAACCCUCGAGCAAGUCUUUUUGCAGUUUGCUCGUCAGCAAGAAGAUGAUGUUGAAGAGGGUGAAGAGAAGUAAACAAAAUGUACAGGAAUAUUGAUUUAUGGAAAAUGAUACAUGUAUUUGUUUUAUAUAUUUUUCAGACAAGAGUAAUUGAUUUGCUAGGAUGUAUUCCUAUUUAUUUUUAGAGCACUGUGAUAUAUGAUUCUCUAGAAGGCACAGAUAAGUAAUAAUUGUGUGAUUUUGAUAAUGCAGAACAUUAUCUUAGAGUGAAAUAUAUAAAGGUUGUAUUGCGAGUCAUUUUUGUAAUGGAUGCUUGAGUUUAGUAUUUUUGUAAUGAAUGCUUGAGUUUGCCAUUUUUGAAAUGAAUGCUUGUGUUUGCUGAGAUUCACAUGACUUAUAGUUUAUAAGAAUAAUGUAAUUCUUAUGCUAAAUGCUUAGUUUACAUAAAGUGUUUACCUCAUGAAUUGGGACUGAGUAUUUUGUAUUAUGUUAAGUAACGUGGCAUGAAAAUGAGACAAACAAAGUCUUUCUCUAUGUGAAGAUGAAUACUUAUGGCACUUGCUAAAUACAGGCACAACACUGCUUUUUAAGCAUUGAUAGUUCCAGAAUUGUGUUGGAUUGUACAUUUUCUCUUGCACUCCACCUAUACCAGAAUACAGUAGCUUUUCCAAAACACCACAUCAGCAUAAGUGUAAGCAUAAGUGGCUAUGAUUUCUGAAAUAUUAUUAAUAACUGUAGUGUAACAAUGAGAUUUGAGUUUUUGUAAUUGGAUAUAUGAUAUUUAUGAGAAUGCUUAUGGUCUGGAUUGUGCUAUCACACAGCAAUCAAUCAUUUCCCCAUGGCCCCUAAUUUGGAAUAGCUGAGAUAUUUAACAAAAGAUUUGGACAAAGGUGAAAUCUUUAGCACUAAUUAGGUUUUGCUGGGAAAGUGAAAGGAAUUAAUGCAUUAUAUAUUUAUUUCCUAUAGUUUUAUCUGUAAAAUUUCCGGCAGUUUUAGGCAUAGGCAUAAAACCACUGUUGUGGCUUUCUCUACUUUAAUUUCACAAGUACUAAGAAACCGAGUAGUCAGUUACUAUGGUGAAAAAAAGCUUUUUGCAAUCCUAUAUUUCUUCCUGUUACUGUUAUUAUUAUCAUUAUUAUCAUCAGCAUGGUGAAGGUGAUGAUAACAAUAAUAGUAAUAUACACUUUUCUUUCACAAAAAUUCAAAGAAUGGGCUAAAUAGUUUUGGUCAGAUUGGCUUUGUAAUCAACUCCUUGGUAACCAAGCAUUUCUGUAGAUAUCUAUGAGCAAGCAAAAUUGAUAAAACAAAACCAUAGUGGACACUGAUGUAUAUAUUCACUUCCUUGAUCAGUAGGUCAAGGGAGUGAAGACAAAGAAAUGAGGUAAUUGCACUUCUAUAUUAAAUUUAUUUUGUAAUGAUUGUUACAGUUAUUAUGAAUUUCUUAAAUUUCAUUGCAAUUUUACAUAGAUGACAACAUGUCCAACUUUUAUUUCAAUUAUAUAAUUUAUUAUGAAAUGCAUGUUUAUAUGACCUCACAAAAUUCAGAUUGUGCCAAAAAAUCUAGGAUUGUGCAUUUUGAGUGUCUAAAUUCCAGCCAAGUAAUUAUUUAGCAUGCUCAUUGAACUGAACAGGCAGUUACAGGGAAUUCAAAUGUCUGCCUGCAUUUCUGAACAAAGUGAAAGAGGCCCAUCAGUUGCGAGAAGGUUGUUGUUAUGCCUGUAUUUGAAUGAAUUAGAUAAUAGUAAUUAAAACAUUAAAGCAGUCAAACAGUACAAAAAUUAAGCAGCUGAUUAUGUCUUUUAGCUUGAUAUUUUGUUUUGAGUUAAAGGAAAAUCUAAUAUGUAGCUAACUAACCAAUUCAUAGGUUUAGGGAAAGAGAUUUAUGUAAUAAAAAUAAGCCUGCCUGUGAUGUAGAGAAGAGCAGUAAAGGAACAUCCAUUAUAUUUUUUUUUAUGAACUGUUAAGCAAAUGUUUACUGGUAUUUAUGUAAAUGCAAUUGUAUUCCUGUAUAUUCACACUGAAAAGCCUCAGCCUCUGGGUCCUAUGCAUUUUGAUGUGACUGCAUUUGAUAUGGUUGUUACUUGCUAAUACAGAAUGCAUCCCACACAGACAUGAUAAUGCAUUCUAGUUUUAUUGUUGCAGAAUAGAAGUAGGUUGAAUAGAUUAGAACAUCAUAUGUAAAAUUGUGGGUCAUGAGCAGUUUUGCUCUCAGUACGACUCGUCAUAUUAAUAUUUCUCUCCUACCGAUGAUGUACAGUGCUUCACACACAAUUCAAAUGCCAGAAGCAAAGUAAAUGAACUAGACACCAGGUUUAGCAACACAUGUUCAUCCUUUUUUUUUUUUAUAUAUUAUGUCAGUCACACAAUGGGCUGAGACUUUUUUCUUGUGAGUGUACUAUACCAGAUACUCUUUUUUUUCUUCCAUAUAAAUAAAUCUGUCUAGUGAUUAGAAUUGAGGUAAUGUACUUAAUUAUUUUUUAUUCACUUUUAUUUACGGAUAUCAUCACAUUGCAUAUUGUAUUAAAGAUAGGUUUACCUUUUAAACAGAAAAUUGGUUCCAUUUUGUUGUACAUUAUGCUUUCCAGGAUACUUGGCAGAGAUGUUGAAUGUAAAUGUAUUGUUCAGAAUCUAAAAGCAAUGACUUGAGCAUAGAUAUAUUAAGGCUUUGGAAAUCUUCAUGAUUCUACUGGCCUUAAAAAAAAUGCUGAGGUUAUUGUCACAUAUUUCUACAUUAAAGAUAAAAAACUAGCUAUCUAAGCUAAAGUAAGACAGGUCAGGUAAACAAAAUGUAAUUGUGUAAUAACACACCUACAGAAAUCCACAUUCAAGUUUUACAAGUUUUAAUGCUUUGAAAUAAAUAUUCUAAAAAUGAAUAUCAUCAUUUGAGAUGUUUGUUCCCUCCAUUGGUACACCAUGGUAAUGGAGAUGGGCUAAAAGCAGGGAAAUAUGAAUACAUUGAAGAUGAUACUGUUUAGCUAUCUUGCUACAAACAGUCACCAUUGUACACAGAGGAGAGUGAGUGGACUCUGUGAGCAAGCUAUACAGUUUCUGAUUGUUUCAGUAAGGCAGUGAUUUUGUUGGUCAUUUAAAAAUCCAUAGGUCUAUGUGUGUCCUAGACUGGAUAUGUUUACCUUUUUUCCAUUAAUUUUUAUGGGUGGAGGGUUCAGAAGUGUAAGUGGGCAUAUUAAAUUACUUAUUAACUAAGGGGACUUAACCCCCUGUUCCCCCACCAUCUGUGUCCAUAGUUGAUUGUCUGGUAUAUAGUAAAUUUAUUUGUAAUUGUAAUUUUACCAGAUUCUUCUAUAUUGCUCAUAUAUGAAAAGUCCUUUACAUCAUGAUUUCCAAAAGUCUAGAUAUAUCUGUAUUGUUUUGUAAAAAAAGGUGAUGUGCCUUCAAGUCUCUGAAACAGGAUUUAUGGUGUUACCUUUAUAGAAUUCUUAAGCCAAGUAAAAUCUGUGCUUCCUAUAAUGUAGAGGUUCCCGUGUUAUCAUCAUGGCAGAAAUAGUUGAAUCAAUAGAUGUUUGCCAAUUAUUUGUCAACCAGAAAUCCUGCUAACUGAAUUUCCUUUUUUCAUACCUUGUGGGUAAUCUUGCAGUAAAUGCUUGUGAUGAGGGGGUAAUAAUGUUGAUGGUAAGUUAGCAGUUACAAUUUUACACAUUUUAUCUUAAUGUAACAUGAUUAUCAAGGAGAUUCCAGCAAACUGGUGUGAUCAUAUUGCAGGGACUUUAUUCAGUGAAUAAUUUAGUUUCACAAGAUAAACUGUUGGACUGAGGUGUAUGUCUAUCUAUCUAUCCAUCCAUUUAUCCUCUUUCAUAUGUAACAACUUUGUAAGAAGCUAUAAAAGCAGUUGAUACCUUCUUGCUGAUAAAUAUAAAAGCCAUUUUUAAAUAUUGUAAGUGUACUGGAAUGCAUUGUAUGUUCUGAACUGAGAACCCUAUUCACAAAAAAAACUCAUAUUAGUUUUCAUAGCUUUUUCUUAUAUACUGAAGUCAGGCUCAUCUAUCUCAUGGUAUGAUGUAUUUCAUGACUUGCUUUUGUGAUUAGGCAUUAGUGUUUGAAUAACUUUAAAGUUUCAUGAGGUAAGAUAUUGGACUGAAGUGUAUGUGUAUCUAUCUGUCUAUCUAUCUAUCAGUCUAUCUAUCCAUCCAUCCAUCCAUUUAUCCUCAGUCAUAUGUAACAACUUUCGUAAGAAACAGUAAAAGCAGUUGCUACCUUCUUGCUGAUAAACACAAAAGCCAUUUGUAAAUAUUGUAAGUGUACUGGAAUGCACUGUAUGUUGUGAACUGAGAGCCCCCAAUCACAAAAAUGCUCUCUUAGGGGUUUCAUAGCUUUCUCUUGUAUACUGAGGUCAAGCUCGUCUAUAUGAUAUAUUUCAUGACUUGCUUUUGUGAUUAGGCAAGUAUGCUGUCUUGUGCUAUAUGUCCAAAUGCAGUUUCUGUUCGUUUCCUCUAUUCACAAAAGCAGUCUUUUUUUAACACUUGAUGAAUCCUAUUUUACUAGAUUAGAGGCAGUUUUCUGAUUUGGACCUUUUAAUUUGUGCAUAAUUCUUACAUAUAUAUAUAUAUAGGGAGAUAUGAAUAAAUUUGAUCAUCCAAUUAGCAGACCAAUUUUAACUUCACUUUACACAUUUUUUUUCUAUGACAACUCCUUUUCCAUUUCUUUUCUUUUCAAUCACAUAAAUUUCACAUCUUGCCAUGUAAUAGCAUAGAACUUCCAUCAAACCCUUCAUUUUAUGUGUAUUACCAAUAUUCCUUUAUUAAUGAAAAAAAUACAUACCUGUAUUAACUAAAGAAAAAAGUAGACAUGACAAAGCCUUACCAUAUUAAAGAACAGAUUAUCAUCUGGUAGUAAAUAUGAUAUGGGACAAAGUUUUAAUGGAGUUUAUGGUUAUGAAUAUUUCAGGUAUGUUAAUUAAAGGUUAAUAGCAUGUUUUAGUGUCUAAUCUAACAUGUAAUAAUACUUAUUUAAAUUAAUAUAUUUAAAAAAUUAUAUUUAAUACAGUACUCCAUCCAGUUUUGAAACCUAAGAAUAUUGAUUAUUUGUAUAGUAAUUUCUUGUAGUACAUGUAGUUUUAUUGAAUAUUUAUUGAAUAUAUAUGUAUGUUAAGCAGAGUGAGCCAGUGGUAAUUAUAAAGCAAUCAGAGUUACAGUACAGGGUACUAGUAAAAACAGUGCCAGUGGUAACAAUGCCUUUUUUUACCUUGUCUUGCAGCACUUUUUCUAAAAUGAAGUAGAUAACUGAAUACUUCUGAAAGUGGAAAUUAUGACACAUUUUGUAAUAUUCCCAAUAACCAGAUAUCAAAGUUGUCAGGAAACACUACCUAAGAAUUUAGUGUUUUUCUCAAAACAAUUUUUUACUAAAUAAGCACAAAUAGCAGGAAAUAAAAACAAAAAUACUUCCAAGAGGGUGCCAUUACUAUAAUAGACACAUGUAGUGUUAAAAUUUGUCAUAGGAGUUUUUUUUUCUUGUUGGAACCUAUCAGGUUGAAGCAGUCAGCAAACAGUAGCUGCCACCUUUUUUUUUUUUUUUUUUUUAAAGAAGAAAGUGAUUUACCCUGUAAUUGUGUAUUGAUUUAAAAUAAUUAGGGAAAAGUUUUUAUGUCUAAGUACAUCUAUGAUACUCAUUUGUUCUCAUUGGUGUCACCUUGACAAACUGCUAAUUAUGUAGCACUACAUUGGCACUGCGCUGCACUACAAAUUUUUACUACUUAAACACUGUUCCAAUAUUUAAUUUACUUUCCAAAAAGCACUGCAUGCUGUAAUUGCUAGGAAAAUGGCCAUAAAAGUACCAUUUGUACCUGUAAAAGUACAGAUACAUAAAUAAUGGAUGUACCAUUAGAAGUACUAAGAUGGUAAUGGUGAUGCUUUUACCAUUUGCCAACUGUGAUGUUAUGUAACAAUGUUUCAUGUUGUAGAUUGGGGUUCUGCAUAGUUUCUGAUGAUUGGUAGAUUCAAAAGUUGGGAGUAUAGCCAUAUAUACUUGCAGUAUAUUGUGAUGUUUAGUGUUGCUAAUUGCACAUAUAUUUUUUCAUGUCUUAAAUAUUUCUUGCAUUAAUUCUUAUGUAUAUGUAUUGUACGGAAUACAUAAAUCAUGAUACAGAA